AUGAAAGUGAAACCGUUCCAUGGAACGUGGAGGGCGCCGGUGACGUCACGUACGGUCGCACACCCAGCGGGCUGCACUCCUCCCGCGCCGUACACUGUACGCGCUCCUCCCGCGACUCCUCCGCACCGCUGCACUCCUGGUCGUUUUUGCGCAACGUGGCGCGCUCGCGGCUCGCGACCUCCAUGCGGCGGAGGGAUAGGACGGACCGACGCUCACUCGCUCACAUUAACCGAGCGGGUCAACGACCUCACGCCGCUCACUGGCAUGCACCAAGAUGGCGGCGCUUGGCGAGCCACCAGCCUGGUCAGGGUGGAGAUGGCUCUGCGGCAGCAGUGUCAGUCCACCGAGGAUGAUUUGCGUGCAGAGGCACGCAGUGAGCGUCAGUGCGUGAACCAUGAACACGCGAAAACAAUACACAGAGCGACCUCGUUCGCCUCGGCUCGACGGGCGCGACCCAUCACCCAUCACUCACCACCGCCUACCAUCCACCACCUGCCGUCCGCUCAUGCUGCCCUGGUCCCCGUGUAUCUCACAGUAAACAUAAACUUAUUAUUUAAUAACCAAACAUUUUGA